AUGCUUCCCGUCCAGAUUUUGAAAGACAACGCGCAGGAGGAGCGUGGUGAGCACGCCCGGCUCAGCACCUUCGUCGGCGCGAUCGCGAUCGGGGAUCUCGUCAAAUCAACCUUGGGCCCCAAGGGGAUGGACAAAAUUCUGAUCUCCGGCACGCCCGACCAUCAAAACAUCAAGGUCACGAACGACGGGGCGACGAUUCUGAAGUCGAUCGGCGUCGACAACCCGUCAUCCAAGAUUCUUAUUGACAUUUCAAUGACGCAGGACCAUGAGGUCGGAGACGGGACGACGUCCGUUACCGUGUUGGCCGCCGAACUUUUGCGUGAAGCCGAGAAGCUGGUCGCCCAACGUAUCCACCCGCAGACGAUCAUCACCGGAUAUCGACAAGCCCUCAAGAUUGCCCAGGAAGCGCUAAAGGAGAGUGCUAUCGAGUCUGGCGCUAACCUGCGUGAAGACCUUUUGAAGAUCGCCCGCACCACCCUCGGCUCCAAGAUCCUCUCCCAGCACAGCGACCACUUCUCCGAGCUGGCUGUCGAUGCUGUUUUGCGACUCAAGGGCACCGGAAACCUGGAGUCCAUCAACAUCAUCAAGAAGCUCGGCGGCUCGAUGGCCGAAUCCUAUUUGGACGAGGGCUUCUUGCUCGAGAAGCUGCCCGGACACGCGCAGCCUCGCCGAGUCGAGAACCCGAAGAUUCUGAUCGCCAACACUCCAAUGGACACUGAUAAGGUUAAAGUGUUCGGCAGCAAGGUGAGGGUCGACUCCGUGGCGAAGGUCGCCGAGAUGGAGGUGGCUGAGAAGGAAAAGAUGAAGGACAAGGUUGACAAGAUCCUCUCGCACAAAUGCGACGUGUUCAUCAACCGACAGCUCAUCUACAACUACCCUGAGCAGCUCUUCGCCGACGCCAAGGUGAUGGCCAUCGAGCACGCCGAUUUUGAGGGAAUCGAGCGAUUGGCCCUUGUUCUAGGUGGUGAAAUUGUGUCCACGUUCGACUCGCAGGAGACGGUCAAGCUCGGCACGUGCGCGCUGAUCGAGGAGGUGAUGAUUGGAGAAGAUCGUCUGAUGCGCUUCAGCGGUGUCCCACUUGGUGAGGCUUGCUCAGUUGUGCUGCGUGGAGCGACGCAACAGAUCCUCGACGAGGCCGAACGCUCCCUACACGAUGCCCUCUGCGUGCUCGUCACCCACAUCAAGGAGGCCAAGACUGUCGCCGGGGCAGGAGCCAGCGAAAUCUUGAUGAGCUCGGCUGUCGCGAUUGGUGCACAGAAGGUUGCCGGCAAGGUGGCGCUCGCCAUCGAGUCGUUCGCCCGUGCUCUGGCCCAAUUGCCGACGAUCAUCUGCGACAACGCUGGCCUCGACUCUGCCGAGCUGGUCACCCAAUUGCGCGCCGAGCACGCCAAGGGCAACCACAAAAUGGGACUUGAUAUCGAAAACGGUAUCGUUGCCGACGUGGCCGCGAUGGGCAUCAUCGAGUCGUUCAACGUCAAGAUGUGCAUGCUGUCCGCAGCCGCCGAGGCCGCCGAACAAGUCAUCCGCGUCGACAACAUCAUCAAGAACGCGCCACGUCAACGCGUCAAAGACAAUCGCCCGUGC